AUGAUGGCGCUCCAACAACCUGACCCUGCGCUUGUGGCGCCUCAAUCAUCCUUGUCCUUCACACAGGGCUUUCUCCUAGGACAACUCUCAGUGGUACUACUGAUCGGCGCAUUCAUCAAGUUUUUCAUCUUCGGUGAAGCUCCGCCGCCUCCUUCCCGUGGCUUAUCCAACCGCACAUCCCACCGCCGCUACAGCUCCGUUUACAACCCUCCACAAGAUCAAAAGACACUCCGAGAAAAACCUUCCAACUCAAAUGUUCUCCGCCCGGUGCCUGCUACCUCCACCAAUACACGUUCCAUUCUCCGAAAAACCUACUACAGCGCCAUCCCUACCAACCCGUCCAAACAUGGUCGGCAUCGAAUGCACCACUCGUCCCACCAACCGGAGUCGCUGGACUGGUUUAAUGUCUUGAUUGCACAGACCAUUGCACAGUACAGGCAAACUGCCUACGUGCUGAAGGACUCGCCCACAGCCUCAAUUCUGAGCUCCCUGACCGCGGCUAUGAACAAUCCGGAGAAGAAGCCAUCGUUCAUUGACAAGAUUACGGUCACCGAUAUCUCAUUAGGGGAGGAGUUCCCAAUCUUCAGCAAUUGUCGCAUUAUCGCGGUGGACGACCCCAAUUCCGAUGGUGGCAGGCUACAAGCCCUAUUGGAUGUGGACCUCAGUGACGACAAUCUCUCCAUCGCCGUAGAAACCUCCAUGGUACUCAAUUAUCCCAAGCCUCGCUCUGCCAUUCUACCGGUUGCUUUGUCAGUCUCUGUCGUUCGAUUUUCAGGGACCCUGUGUAUUUCAUUGAUUCCGGCAUCGACAGAGGAUCCUCUUGAUACACCUACAAAGACACCCGAACCUCCAACAGAACCAGGCUCCAACACAGCCCCUGGAUCUCCCCAGGGCGCAUCAUCCCAGGAUCAGAAUCCACCAAAAAGCAGUCCCAAAAGCAAUGUCGCAUUCUCAUUCCUUCCAGAUUACCGACUUGAUCUUUCUGUGCGUUCUCUCAUCGGCUCGCGCAGCCGUCUCCAAGAUGUGCCCAAGAUCGCCCAGUUGGUCGAGGCCCGAGUUCAUGCGUGGUUUGAAGAGCGCGUUGUUGAGCCCCGUGUGCAAGUUGUUGGACUUCCAGAUUUAUGGCCCCGUAUGGGCAGGACUGGUGUAAGGACUGGCGAAGAAUCCGAUGCCGGGUCUACCGCACCUCCACGCAGUGCUGGCUCUGCCGAGGCUGGAGGGAGCCCGUAUCAGUUUUCCGAUAGCCGUGAGCCGGAGGGGCUACGGUUCCGUGGGCCUAUGCCUUUGGAUCCUCGCUUAGGACUCGGAGCAGGCUCGCGUAGCAGCAGUUUCAAUGCAGAUGUGGGGAGCUUGCGGAGCCCGAGUAUGACUCGACAGGAUAGCGCUGGCGGCGCAAGCGACCAAUUCUCCAUGCCGGGUGGUAUGCCAGCUGGAGUAUCUGCACGCAGAGAGUUAUGA